UCGGCCGCUCUGGGCUCCGCCUCGCGGGCUACGCAGGCGGCGGGGCUGCGGCACGGGCCGGGCGGCACCAUGGCGGCGGCAGCGCCAGCUACGGCGGCUUCUCCUGAGGUACCGGCGGCGGCCGCGACGGCAGAACCCGAGGCGGGAGAUGAGGACAGUCGCGAGGUCCGAGUACUGCAGAGCCUGCGGGGCAAGAUCUGUGAAGCAAAAAAUUUAUUGCCAUAUCUGGGACCCAACAAAAUGAGAGAUUGUUUCUGUACUAUAAAUUUGGACCAAGAAGAAGUUUAUCGUACCCAAGUUGUUGAAAAAUCUUUAAGCCCAUUUUUCAGUGAAGAAUUUUACUUUGAAAUUCCAAGAACUUUCCAAUAUUUGUCUUUUUAUAUUUAUGAUAAGAAUGUUUUACAAAGAGAUCUUCGUAUAGGAAAAGUAGCCAUCAAAAAAGAAGACUUGUGUAAUCAUAGUGGCAAAGAAACUUGGUUUUCCCUACAGCCUGUUGACUCCAAUUCAGAAGUUCAGGGUAAAGUUCACCUUGAAUUGAAACUGAAUGAACUGAUAACAGAGAAUGGAACUGUGUGCCAGCAGCUUGUUGUACAUGUCAAGGCAUGCCAUGGGUUGCCUCUCAUGAAUGGACAAAGCUGUGAUCCUUAUGCAACAGUUUCUCUAGUGGGUCCUUCUAGGAAUGACCAAAAGAAGACAAAAGUAAAGAAGAAAACAAGCAAUCCGCAGUUUAAUGAAAUCUUUUAUUUUGAGGUAACCAGAUCCAGUAGUUACACCAGAAAAUCCCAGUUCCAGGUAGAAGAGGAGGACAUUGAAAAGCUGGAAAUACGGAUCGACUUGUGGAAUAAUGGAAACUUAGUCCAAGAUGUUUUCCUGGGUGAGAUUAAAGUUCCUGUAAAUGUACUAAGAAAUGAUUCCUCUCAUCAAGCCUGGUACUUGCUACAACCACGAGACAAUGGAAACAAGUCAUCUAAAGCUGAUGAUCUGGGAUCACUUCGACUAAAUAUAUGCUAUACAGAAGACUAUGUGCUUCCUUCAGAGUACUAUGGUCCUUUGAAAACUUUGCUGCUAAAAUCACCAGAUGUUCAGCCAAUAUCUGCCUCAGCUGCUUAUAUUUUGGGUGAAAUAUGUCGCGAUAAAAAUGAUGCUGUUUUGCCUCUUGUACGACUAUUGCUGCAUCACGAUAAACUUGUUCCUUUUGUCACUGCAGUGGCCGAAUUGGACUUGAAGGAUACCCAAGAUGCAAACACAAUUUUUAGAGGAAAUUCCUUGGCUACCCGAUGUCUGGAUGAAAUGAUGAAAAUAGUGGGAGGGCACUACCUGAAAGUAACAUUAAAACCCAUUCUAGAUGAGAUAUGUGAAUCUUCAAAAUCCUGUGAAAUUGAUCCAAUUAAAUUGAAAGAGGGAGAUAAUGUAGAAAAUAAUAAGGAGAAUCUGCGCUACUAUGUGGACAAGUUAUUCAGUACGAUUGUACAAUCAAGUAUGAGCUGCCCCACUGUAAUGUGUGAUGUCUUUUAUUCUCUAAGGCAAAUGGCUACUCAGAGAUUUCCUAAUGACCCUCAUGUUCAGUAUUCUGCAGUGAGCAGCUUUGUAUUUCUUCGUUUCUUUGCUGUAGCCGUAGUAUCACCUCAUACUUUUCAUUUGCGACCUCAUCAUCCAGAUGCACAGACAAUUAGGACAUUAACUCUCAUUUCAAAAACCAUUCAAACUUUGGGAAGUUGGGGUAGUCUGUCCAAAAGCAAGUCAAGUUUCAAAGAAACAUUCAUGUGUGAAUUUUUCAAGAUGUUUCAAGAAGAAGGAUACAUUACAGCAGUUAAGAAGUUCCUGGAUGAAAUUUCAUCUACAGAAACUAAAGAGUCCAGUGGUUCAAGUGAGCCUGUACACCUGAAAGAAGGUGAAAUGUACAAAAGAGCUCAGGGAAGAACACGGAUUGGAAAAAAGAAUUUCAAGAAACGAUGGUUCUGCUUGACGAGCAGAGAGCUCACCUACCACAAACAACCAGGUAGCAAAGAUGCGAUUUACACAAUCCCAGUAAAAAACAUUCUUGCUGUGGAAAAACUGGAAGAGAGUUCUUUCAAUAAGAAAAAUAUGUUCCAAGUAAUACACACGGAGAAACCACUCUACGUCCAGGCAAAUAAUUGUGUGGAAGCUAAUGAAUGGAUCGAUGUACUCUGCAGGGUGAGCAGAUGCAAUCAAAACAGGCUCAGUUCUUUUCAUCCUUCCGCAUAUCUCAAUGGCAACUGGCUCUGCUGUCAGGAGACCAGUGAAAAUACACCAGGCUGCAAGCCAUGUACUGCAGGUGUCCCGGCAGACAUCCAAAUAGAUAUUGAUGAAGACAGAGAAACAGAAAGAGUUUAUUCCCUUUUUACCCUCAGUUUACUUAAGCUGCAGAAAAUGGAAGAGGCUUGUGGAAGUAUAGCUGUCUAUCAAGGACCACAGAAAGAGCCUGAUGAUUAUUCUAACUUUGUAAUUGAGGAUUCUGUUACGACCUUUAAGACAAUUCAGCAAAUAAAAAGUGUGAUUGAGAAGCUGGAUGAACCUCAUGAGAAGUACAGAAAGAAAAGAUCAAGCAGUGCAAAAUAUGGGAGCAAGGAAAAUCCAAUUGUUGGGAAAAUAUCAUAGAGUUUGACCAACUGAUGGAGAAAAACUGGAAACUAUUCUUGUUCUUGGAAUUUUUUAGUUCAUCCUGUUUUGUUCAUUGUGUUUAAGAGUGAGCAUUGGCUUCAGUGUCACCUGCAAUUCACAUUGUAUUUAAUAUUUAAUGACCAAAAUCAACUGUUUGGGGAUCCUGGUAUUGAUUUGUUUAUUACAUAAGAGAAUUUGAAGCCCAAGAUUCCCUUCAUAUCUGUGUGUCCAUAUCCAUGUUUCUGCAACUUCCUUUUAAUAGAAAGAAUCUUCUGAAGAAGGUUCCUAAGAAGCUUUGUAACAAAUGGAGCACUUCAUAGCAAGAAGCCGUCUCUGCUUGUAACUGUUCUGUGGACUUGUUUUCACUACCAUUAGUGCCUGCUCUAUACUGCCAACAUUGUGUUUUACUAGAAAAAUUCCAGUUCAUGUUAGUUUAGAAAUUUCCUUUGAGUUCAUCUGGACCCUCCCUCUAAAAAAGCAAAGAAAAAAAAAAAACUUUUCCCUUUGUUCUAUUAGUCAUUACAGGUUAUAGAGAUAAAGGCAGAACUUCAGAAUAGUGCCAGAGCAUCCUUGAAAGUUGGUAGAUCCUUUUGCCUGCCUGUUCACGGAUGUAAACAGUACUCAGAUGGGAAUCAGGGAAUAUGUGCUCUUGUGUACACCAUGUUUACAUUUGGGAUGAGUGAUAGCGGAUGAAAUAAAAUAAGACCACUAGAAUAUUUUUCACUGUUCUAAUCAGGUACUCAUUUUCUUGAUUUGAGGAUUCAGAUUAACAUGACCCUUAAGGGCAUCUCUUCCCAACAAGAACAGAAAGUAAACAGUGAAGAAGGUGGUGAGAAAAUCACUUGACUUCGCCUGCUAUUUCAUGUUAUAAGAAGGGCAUGUAAGGAUGCCCUCCAUAUAUUGUUAGGUCGUGAUCUAACUUGAGAACAGUCACUUGGCGCACUUUAGUAAUCUGGUCCAUUCCAGAUUACAGUUGAGAUACUCCAUGGUAUCUAUCUUUAUGAUCAGUUGAAUGAUCAGUGUUUAAGUCUAGAAUAGUGCUUUCCUGAAGACGUUUAUAUUUCAUUGCUGUUUCCUUAUUGCCUGCUAGCCACAUGGAAUUUGGGUCAGCAACAGUUUGAAUCUUACUUUUUCUUAAUCUACUUUGGUCCUAAAAACCAUAACUGUAAAUAAGCAGUUAAAGUAAGUUGCCACCUUUACAGUUACGAGGGUUACACUUUGUUUCAUCAGUAUUGAAAACCAUGGUACUCUUUGUCUUUUUUAAUUCAAGGCAUUUUCUAAGUGUGGUACUUUGAACCUUGGGGGUAUUUACAUAUGUUCCUGUUUGAAACUGUGACUUAUUAAUGUAAGUCUAGCUAGUUGUGCUUUUCUGUUUGUUUGUUUGUUUGUUUGUUUCAAUGAGCUUAAGCUAUAUUUAAAGAUAUAUUUGCCAAUUAUGUUAUUGAUGGGUAAUUGUUUAAAGUUGUUAGUAGGUAAUUAUUUUAAAGAUCAUUGGCACACAGAGUUGUCCCAUAAAUAAUCAUGACUGAACAAUGAUUUGUAAAGAUCAGUUGAUUAUCUUAAGGAAUCGGUACUGGUCUGCAUCAUGCUCGGUGAUACCUGCUGACCCCAUGCUAUAGUUUAGAAGAUCCUUUAAAUUUGAUGAACUUACAGAUCCAUAAAUUACACUGCUUUGUAGAUGUUAAAGAAUUUAUCCAUUUAAUUGCUCAUGAACUUCAUACUGAAAUUCAUACCAAGAUUCUCUGAAAUGUCUACCUGAAAAGUUAUGAAUGUCCUAGAUACCAUUCAUCACUCUCCAGUGGCUUUUGAAUUUUCUGCUGGUUUUUUGUUUUGUGUUUUGGGGAUUUUUCCCCCAAGAGGAAUACUCUCUUUCCUAACAUUUCUAAUACCAAACCCCAACUCCAGUUAUUUUUAAUAAUCAUAGGGUCAAAGGGACCAAGGCUGUGUGCACACACAACUCUGUAUUUGAGAGUUCAGUCUUCUAAUUAUUUUAUUCACGUGACACUUUUAAACAGCCAGCUCAAUUGGAAUUAACUGAUCAGCUUGGCACAGUUUAAAAAGAGAAAUAUGAAAUUAAAUUCAUUUUCUUUGAAGGUCUUUUAUUGUAGGAGAUCGUGUCUGCACACCUUAACAGAGGAGGCCCUUCUGGGGCGGUGCUCCUGAGUACUUUGAGUCUUACUCUUCCAUCUGCUUUCGCUACUUCUUACAAAGAGCAUUUGAACUCACAGAGAUCCGCCUGCCUCUGCCCCUAGAGUGCUGGGAUUAAAGGAAUCCGCCACCAUGCCUAGCUCUGGUUAGCUUCAUUUUUAAUAUUCAUUUAAUAGACAGUGAGCAAGAGCAAAAGUUUUUUUACUCCCAGGAAUAUAAUUUAUCAAGUAGAACUAUUUUAUUUGCCAAAGAAAUUUGUUUUUAACAUCGUGAGUAAUUGUUAAUAGUUAAGUGUCAAAACUAGGCUCUUAUUUUACCAAAAAAAAAAAAAAGGGCGGGGGGGGGAAUGCUGUGGCUUUUGUUUGUUUCCGAAGCCUGAUUUCAUUCUUUUACUGGAAAAACUCAUUCGUGCCAGGUUUUAAAAAACAGAUUAUGUUUUUAAGUCAGCACAUCUUUUAAUUUGCUUUAAAUACUGUUGUACGCCCUAUAAAAACAGAGUUCUGCAUAACUUUUUAGGUGUCCUUACAGUAUGUGACAAAUACAAGACUCAUUCUAGAGUUAAAGUACUGAUUUUGAUUGAUGUUAUCUGCUUCCAUUUUUAACUUUGGAAUUAAUAUGUUGCUAGUAAAUAUUGGUUUUUACAGUGUCUAGUUUGAAAAAAUGUAAGUUAUCAAAACCUAAUAUAGUGAAUUUGUGUAACCAUGUUGUAUUGUUAAGAAUGUAUUUUUAUUUAAAUUUUAUUUUCUUAUAAAGAGUAUUACAAAAAUUAAAAACUUUUGUAACUGUCGCUUGAAAAUAACUCAAAUAAAUUACAAGACGCUU